AUGCGCUGUGAUAGCGCUUACCCCAACACCUUGAGCUGUUUCAGGUGGAACAUUCAGUUGAGUGCGGGUACCACUACCUUGCAACCAAGACUCGAUGUCACCUUGGGAAUUAUCCGCGAAGUUGGAAAUAUUCCCCCAUCCACCUUUUAUGUCGACAAGCCUUUGAUUAUGCUCAGAGUUCGAUGGUUUGGGAGAGAAGGGAUUGAGACGAUGCAGGAUCUGAUACCUAUGGGGUCAUGA